ACAGCGGGAUGUCUGAGCCUCCUUGUCCUCAGCCCUAGAAAAAGAGACGAAUCAUAUGUGACCGGCGGGUAGAAGUUGUCAUUAUGAGGAUACAGAAUCGUCCUUUCCGUCUUACACAGGGGACUGGCUGGGAGGCAACGAGUCUUGGCAUCCUUCAGUUUUACUCUUACCCAGAAAGGCGUUGGGGGAGGGCCAGGCUCAGCAGCCCGGGCCGUGGGCGGCGCUCGGUGUCCAUGGGAACUGGGUGUAAGCGGAGCGUGCGCCGCGGCUCCCCUUCCCUCCCGGCCGCCAUCAUGAUGCUGGGCCGCGGGCUGGACGCCAGAUGGUAGCAGAUUUGAGCUGGGAGCUAGGAGACUAUCCCCUGGUAUUUGUCUUUAAAAGAAAACAACCUCCUUACCUCAAAUUGUGCCUGCUUACUUUGAGGGACAAUCAAACUAGACAAGUACGAGAGGCUGUUUCAAAUGUGGAAAAACAUUUUGGUGAAUUGUGCCAAAUAUUUGCUGCAUAUGUACGUAAAACUGCUAGACUACGAGACAAAGCAGACCUCCUAGUAAAUGAAAUAUAUGCAUAUGCAGCUACAGAGACACCAAGCUUAAAACUUGGAUUGAAAAAUUUUGCAGAUGAAUUUUCCAAACUUCAGGAUUAUCGCCAAGCAGAGGUUGAAAGGCUUGAAGCCAGAGUUGUUGACCCUCUGAAAAGUUACGGGACCAUAGUAAAACUUAAAAGGGAUGAUCUCAAAGCAACUUUAACAGCAAAGAAUCGAGAGGCUAAACAGUUAUCUCAACUGGAAAGGACACGUCAGAGGAAUCCAUCAGAUCGACACAUUAUUUCACAGGCUGAAAGUGAUCUACAGAGAGCUUCGAUGGAUGCAACUCGAACAAGUCGGCAGUUGGAGGAAACCAUUGACAAUUUUGAGAAACAGAAAAUAAAGGACAUAAAGAGCAUAUUUUCUGAAUUUAUAACUAUUGAAAUGUUAUUCCAUGGAAAAGCUUUAGAGAUUUACACUGCUGCCUACCAAAAUAUACACAAUAUUGAUGAGAAUGAAGAUUUAGAGGUUUUUCGGAGUUCACUGUAUCCACCAGACUAUCAGUCUCGUUUAGACAUAGUCCGUGCAAACUCAAAAUCCCCCCUUCAAAGAACUGGUUCAUCAAAAUUUUCAUCUGGAAUAAUACAGCAAAUUUCUACCAGUCGGCUAAGAAAAGAGGAGGAAGAUGAGGAGGAGGAAGAGGAGGAUGAUGAUGAUGAAUUGGAAGCUACCAAGGAAGAGAGAGAACUUUGAGAACUGUUCUAAGUUUGUUUGUUUUUCACAUGACAAGGCAGCUUGUCUUUGCUUAACAGCUUUUAUAUUUUAGAUUGAGAAUUUCACUGAGGUCAUCCAUUAAAAUAAUUACAAGCAGCAAGAAAUUGGCAGCAACAUUUAAUCCUGUUCAUUUGAUUGGCUAUUCGUUACUUGAACAGCAGGUCAGUCUUGAAGAUUGUAACUAAGUGUACUGAAAAUGUAUGAUUUCAGUAGACAGAAAAUGAAAAGCAAAUAACAUUUCAAUAGAAGAAUUACACUACAAGCUUAUAUAGUCUAUUUAAUUUUAGUCAAACUUAUUUUGUCUACUAAUUCAUUCAAAGUGAUAUACUGUAACAUUUAAUUAUUGCCUAGACAGAUAGUGAACACAAGGAUCCUUAUUCUUAGGUCUAGCUGAGCUGUAUUUGUCACAGGAUUUGGGUAUCUGUACACUAGCUUCAUUUCACCCACUCCCUCCCAAUCUUGGGGCCAGGUUGUAAUGCAGCUACUAUUGCAACUUGUACCUGGCUAUCCACAACCCCAAAGAGCUGCGAUGGUAGCUGCAAAGCAGAAUACAGAAGCGAUCCUGGCAUACUGCCUUGCCUUGCCAAUGUCCCUAUGUUAUGGAGUAGGAGGCAGAGUAGCAUAUUGCUGUCUUCUACCUGUUUCUUGGGGAUUCCCCCAAACAGGGGAAAGCCUCAACUCCCUAGUUAAGCUAGCUUUGUGGUUUUUACACUACUGGGGUGGUGCAGAUGGCUUGUAUCAGAACCAAGGAUCUAGUCUAAGAGCUCUCUUUUUUUCAUACAGCUUCCUUUUUACGUGAAAGUGCCUUCAUGAUAAAAGAACCAUUGUAUAAGUAUACAUUGCCUUUUCAUACUUGCCUUUUAUACUAGUCAAUUCAGUUACUGAUUCUUACCACUAGAGCAGUUAUGGACAGUUGAUACAAGAUUUCAGUGUAUUUUCCUAUACAAGUAUCUCUUAUACACAUUCCUGAAUCAAAUUUAUAUUCAGUAUUAUUGUAUGGAGUGAAAGUCUGUCUGCCAGAUAGUUAUUUCAGUAUUUUAUUGAUCUUGAACUUCAGUAUUUACUAAUCUUAAUCUGCAGUUAUUGAAACUAUCUGUGUAUAUGAUGGAAAAAUAAAGGUUUUUAAGGAA